AUGCCAGCCUUGCAUUGUGUUUUAGAUUCAUCUUAUAUACAUCGACCGGAUUCAGACAAACAACAACCUUUUCAAAUUAUGACGGAAAAUAACACAACAACAGGUAAGGACGAAUGCGAAUCUUCGUGCAGCAACUCAGAUCGUCAUCGAUACUACUCAUUCGAUCAAGGUUCCACCUGUAAUAAAUGUCGUGAUUGGUAUCGCCUGGGCAAUCGUUGGAAUAAAUGUCCUGAUGCGGCUUGUUCUGGCAUUACUAAGAAAGAUACUGAUGGUCAUCCUGAUGGUGGUGGUUCUACUCGCACUUAUAUCAAUGGUCAUGGCCAGGCGACGGGCUGGGAUAUUACUGGUUCUACUUCUACUCGUGAUUAUGAUGGUGGUCGUUUAGGUUCAGGUGCCUACAUAGUUACCCAUGGUACUGCGUCUACUUCUAAAGGUCAUCCUGAUUUGUGUACGUGUGAAAUCAAAUAA